AUGACAGAGUAUCUGGAACUUGGACACAUGACAGCGGUUCCCAAUUACACCGGUCCCCCCGAAAAGGUGUACUUCCUACCACAUCAUGCUGUCUUCAAGGCUGACAGUACAACCACAAAAACACGAGUUGUCUUCGAUGGAUCAGCCAAAACCAACUCAGGACUAUCUCUCAACAACCUCCUCCACACAGGACCAAAGCUCCAACAGGAUCUACCGAACAUCCUAACAAGAUGGAGAAAAUACGCCUAUGUCUAUACGGCAGAUAUUGAAAAAAUGUUCCGCCAAAUCUUUCUUCAUCCUGAAGAUCGUGAUUAUCAUCGUAUUCUCUACAGAGAUAAUCCCCGUCAAUGCAUCCAAGAAUUCCAACUCAACACAGUCACUUAUGGGAGUGGACCAGCCACUUACCUUUCGGUAAGGGUACUGCAUCAACUCGCAGCAGAUGAGGAACAUCGUUUUCCAAGGGCUUCCAAAAUCCUAAGGCAAGACUUCUAUGUCGAUGAUUUGCUAACAGGUACCCACUCACUGCAAGAUGCCAAAGCGCUAUAUCAUGAAAUCAUUGAGCUGCUUAAACUUGGCAAAAUGAACUUGCUGAAAUGGACUAGCAAUUGUCCAGAGCUCAUGGCUGCAAUUCCUGAUCAUCUCCGAGAAAAGGGAUCAAUACUUCUCAAAGAAGAAGACACGAUCAAGGAGCUUGGCGUCUACUGGUGUCCACUAAAGGACAUAUUUCAAUUCAAAAUCAACCUGAACAAGAAGGAGGUCCUAACAAAACGAAGCAUUGUCUCCGAAACAGCCUCAAUCUUUGACCCAAUAGGCUGGCUUGCACCUGUGAUACUUCGUGCAAAACUCAUCAUACAACUUAUCUGGAAGGAAGAAAUUGACUGGGACUUUAAACCCUCCGACACCGUCAUUAGGAUGUGGCGAGAUUUCCGGGCCGACAUCAAGAAUAUCGAAACCAUCCAAAUACCUCGCUGGACAAACUACACCCCAGAAGCGAGGGUUGAAAUUCACGGCUUUGCAGAUGCAUCAACAAAGGCUAGUGCCGCCUGCGUCUACAUGAGAACCACGGUUAACAACAAAACCACUGUCUUCCUACUCACAGCCAGAACUAAAGUAGCUCCAGUGAAGGGACACAUAACACUCCCAAGAAUGGAGCUUUCCGCCGCAGUACUUCUCGCCAACCUAAUGAAAACCACCCUUCAAAGCCUUGAGAUAAGACCAGAUGCAAUCCAUGCAUGGACAGACAGCAUGAUUACUCUUGCUUGGAUCAAAAGAGAUCCUUCUACAUGGAACACAUAUGUAGCCCACAGAGUAGCUAAGAUUCACAAGGCAAUUCCGAGAGACAUCUGGGGUCAUGUUGAAACCGAAGAGAAUCCAGCUGACAUAGCCUCACGAGGUACCACUGCAGCGCUGCUAGCUUCCCAUAAGCGCUGGUGGGGCGGCCCAAUCUGGCUACGCCAUCCCCAACACAUGUGGCCUUCAAUCAGGAACAAGCACCUCAAAGACUUUGAUGACGCGCUUUUAGAAGGUACCGGCUGUCUUUUUACACUGAACGUAAUGAACUCCACCGCAACAGUAAUGGCAGCCUUAGAGUCAGUCCCAGAGCCACCUCAGGCAACAGAAACUUUCCUGAAUAAGUUUUCUUCCUUCAGGAGAUUUGUCCUGGUCAUUGCGACGCUACUCAGAUUUGCUGAUAAUUCGCGCAAAUCUCCAGAAAAAAGGGUCAAAGGUAGCCCUACUGCCACAGAAAUCCAGAAGGCAAAGCUAAGAGUCUUUGGAAUGAUUCAAGCAACAUUCUUAUCAGAAGAACUCAAGGCGCUCCAAACCAAUAAGCCACUGCCAAACAAGAGCAAAAUUAAGGAUCUUAAUCCAUACCUUGAAGAUGGGCUUAUCAGAGUUGGUGCCCACCCAUUUUGGCCCUUCGAGGCAACGCCGUCCAAGUUGCGAAGGCGUCCACCAGCUUUUGCGGUGACCAAGUGCAGUCCACGCCGCCAUUCAGCUCUGCCGUAUCAAUCUUCACACGCCAAGUAA